UUUUUUUUUUUUGGUUUUUUCUCUGUCUUAGUCAAAGGCAGAGAGAAAUAAGGAAGGAAGAGAAGGAGCCGCUGGUAAGGACUCAAGGGCGGAAAGAGAGAUCUGCUUGUCUUAUUCGAGAUCUCGGUUUCAUUCCUAGAAUCCCCUUCAUCAUCGGUUUUUCUGAUUGCCGAUCUAUGAUUUUGUUCUUCAUAUAGAGGAAAUGCGGUUAUUGGGUGGGGAGGAAGGCUCUGAUUCCGCCAAGUUUCUGAGGUGUGUGAUCAUACCGCUCUGCCAAUCCACUCGGAACUCUCUUUCCUACAAAGAAGCUCAGAAAUGCUGAAAGAUGUGUCUUAUUAUCACUAGGCCAUUCGUUUCACGAGCUCAUGAGGUCAUGACUCAUGAGCUAGCACAAACUCUGAGCUAGCUGGACCAACUAGUGUUUCUUUUUGCUGCCUGCUUGACUUUGUAGAUUAGAUGGAAAAUAAGCCAAGUGUUUUGACCGAUAAAUAUGAGGUUGGGAGGUUAUUGGGUCAAGGUACUUUUGCCAAGGUGUAUUAUGGAAGGAGUGUUCAUACUAACCAGAGUGUUGCUAUCAAGAUGAUCGACAAGGAAAAGGUUUUGAAAGUUGGGCUUAUGGAGCAGAUCAAGCGAGAGAUAUCUGUUAUGAGGAUUGCUAAACACCCUCACGUGGUGGAGCUAUACGAGGUCAUGGCAACAAAAACAAGGAUCUACUUUGUGAUGGAGUACUGUAAAGGUGGAGAGCUCUUCAACAAGGUUGCCAAAGGGAAGUUGAGAGAUGAUAUUGCUUGGAAGUACUUUUAUCAGCUUAUCAACGCGGUUGAUUUUUGCCACAGCCGGCAAGUGUAUCAUCGCGACAUAAAGCCAGAGAAUCUGCUGCUGGAUGACAAUGAGAAUCUCAAGGUAUCUGAUUUCGGGUUGAGUGCUCUUGCUGACUGCAAGCGCCAAGAUGGUCUCCUUCACACUACUUGUGGUACUCCUGCAUAUGUUGCUCCUGAAGUGAUCAAUCGAAAAGGAUAUGAUGGCACAAAAGCAGAUAUUUGGUCUUGUGGGGUGGUUUUGUUUGUUCUGUUGGCUGGCUAUCUCCCUUUUCAUGAUUCUAAUCUGAUGGAGAUGUACAGGAAGAUAGGAAGAGCUGAGUUUAAGGCCCCAAGUUGGUUCCCGCCAGAAGUACGGAGGCUGUUGUGUAAGAUGCUGGACCCUAACCCUGAAACUAGAAUCGCUAUCGCAAAAAUCAGGGAGAGUUCUUGGUUCAGAAAAGGUUUACACAUGAAACAGAAAAAGAUGGAGAAACGAGUCAAUGAGACGAACUCCGUGGAAGCUGGUGCUGCUGGUCCCAGUGAGAACGGAGACAGGGUCACGGAGGAAAACCACACAGACCAGCCUACAAAUUUGAACGCUUUUGACAUAAUUGCCUUGUCUGCUGGGUUUGAUCUGGCAGGGCUGUUUGGAGAUUUGUAUGACAAGCGAGAAUCUAGAUUCACAUCUCAAAAACCUGCUUCAGUGAUCAUAUCUAAGCUGGAGGAGGUAGCGCAACGGUUAAAACUGAGCAUAAGAAAGCGGGAAGCAGGUUUGUUCAAACUGGAAAGUUUAAAGGAGGGAAGAAAAGGAAUCCUGUCGAUGGAUGCAGAGAUAUUCCAAGUGACGCCAACGUUUCAUAUGGUGGAAGUGAAGAAAUCCAAUGGAGAUACUCUGGAGUAUCAGAAAUUAGUGGCAGAGGAUCUUAGGCCUGCCCUGGCAGAUAUUGUUUGGGUUUGGCAGACUGACAUAGAGGAGCAGCAGCUACUGCCUGCUCCACAGCAAGAGACAGAACAACAGGAAGAACCUUUGUAGUUUUGGAUUUUGUUUAUUGUUCAAAUUUUGAAUUUUCUUUAACACCGAUAUUAAACGUAUAUGGAGUUCCUUACAUUUUACAUGUUUCGUUUGUUAAAAGAAAGGAAAAAUCCUGCAUAAUUUAAA